CUCGUGCUCAACACGUGUUAUCUAUCGGUCCGCGUCCGACCCUCGGGAUUCACCGACCUCUUCCUCCAGCGGCGUCGGGCUCUCUUCGCCAACUUCAGCGCGCCGCCGUCGGGAGCUACGUCUGCUCACCUUCUGUCGUCGCCGGCUUUCUCCGAGGUAGAAGAGAUUGGUGCUUCUGAUGGCAGCCCUUAAAACUUUUUGGAACAGCCCUAUGGGUCCAAAAACAACUCAUUUUUGGGGACCAGUUGCCAAUUGGGGCUUCGUUAUUGCUGGUUUGGUAGACAUGCAGAAACCCCCAGAGAUGAUAUCUAGGAAUAUGACUUCAGCCAUGUGUGUCUACUCAGCACUUUUCAUGAGAUUUGCGUGGAUGGUAAAACCACGUAACUACUUGCUUCUUGCAUGCCAUGCCUCUAAUGAAUCAGUUCAGCUCUAUCAAUUAUCUCGUUGGGCAAAGGCACAAGGGUACCUUGAGAAGAAAGAGCCUGAAGGUCAGCACUAAGCUGUUACAUGAGCUUCUUCAAAAGAUUUCUCUGAAUAAGAAGGUGAGGUACUUGAUCAGAAAGCAUCUCCUUGCUAUGAUUAAUUUGAUGAGAAUUUCCUGGUAUUUUGUUCAGACAAUGUCUGAAUCUAUUUUGCUUAUUCAAGAUGACUGUGGUGCUCCUUUUUUUUUUUUUUUCCCUGGUCCUUUCUAUCUCAAAUCAUCUAGGUUGGCUGUUUUUGACAUAAAUGGACCUACUCGAAGCUCAAUUGAUCCUAUAGACACCUGAGUUCAAUCUGGUUGUUGAUUCGUUUAGGAUCAGAUAAAGUUCCCCAUGCAGGGAGGGAUAUGGUACCAUUGAUGAGGAAAACUUUUGCUGCUUGGGAAUGUAAAACUAGUUGGAAAUAUGACUAGUUUUUUUUAUGAAGUAUUGUGAUUAUGUUAACAAAGAUAUGACUGUCACCUUCUUGGGCAGCCUUUGUGAGUUUGCUAAAAUUAGCAAACUCAAUCCACAAGUCUAGGGUAAAUGGGAGAUUUUGGAUAGCAUCAGUGUGUAUAGAUGCAAUCUUAUGUUAAUUAUAUAGAUGUGCUUAGUUGAUGCCUAAAAAAUUGCAUCAGUGUGUAUCAGUUCCAUUUACGAAAAAUUAAGGAUUCAUAAUCUCAUUCGAUAUAUUUUUUUCA